UAGUAUUGCGAUUUCUCCCAUGCUCCAUUUUGUCCGCUUUGCCGCCCCUCUCUGUCUCGCCCCCAAACCCUACCUACGUUCUCUGAAAACGAACAGGGCCUCAGGGUCUCGGUCGAGCCUCUGAAAGUUGAAAGUUGAAUAAAGGAGAGUAGACAACCAGCGAUGUCGUACGACGACGUGGAGAUUGAAGAUAUGGAGUGGAACGAAGAGAUUCAGGCCUUCACGUACCCAUGCCCAUGUGGGGAUUUGUUUCAGAUCACGAAAGAGGAGCUGAGGCUGGGGGAGGAGAUCGCUCGAUGCCCUAGCUGUUCCCUUUACAUCACUGUUAUCUACAACAUGGAAGAUUUCAUGGGAGAACCCGAUCGGAAUAUCAAGAAGAAUCUCGAGCCUUCGAAGCAACAGUCCGUCACAGUUGCCUAGAAAGUUCAGGUUGGGGUUGUGGGUUAUUGCAGUUAUAUUGUCCUAUGUAUUGAUCAAUAUAGAUACAUGUUUUGUAGUCCGUUUUGGUCUACCGGGAUUGUACUUGAUACUUAUACAAUUAAAAUUUAAGAGAGUAAUUGCUUAUAUUUAAAUUAAAUUUCUGUUUGGCAGUUCACAAA